CGGGCGGAGCGCGGGGGGCCGCGUCGGCGGGAGCCGGAAGCGCGGGGACCGGGUGGUCGCACGUGAAAGCCGCGGACCCGGCCGCCGCCGUCCUCGGAGCCCGGGGCGGUGCGUGGGGGAAGCCGCCCGCGACAGCAGGAUGAAACGAGGAGGAAGCAAUAGUGACCAUAAUUCAUCAGAAGAAGAUAUUGCAGAGAAAUCCAAGAAACUGAGGACUACAAAUGAGCAUUCUCAGACUUGUGAUUGGGGUAAUCUCCUUCAGGACAUUGUUCUCCAAAUAUUUAAGUAUUUGCCUCUCCUUGAUCGGGCUCAUGCUUCACAAGUUUGCCGCAACUGGAACCAGGUAUUUCACAUGCCUGACUUGUGGAGAUGUUUUGAAUUUGAACUACAUCAGCCAGCUACAUCUUAUUUAAAGGCUACACAUCCAGAGCUGAUCAAACAGAUCAUCAAAAGACAUUCAAACCAUCUGCAAUAUGUCAGCUUCAAGGUGGACAGCAGCAAAGAAUCAGCUGAAGCAGCUUGUGAUAUAUUAUCACAACUUGUGAACUGCUCUUUAAAAACACUUGGACUUAUUUCAACUGCUCGGCCAAGUUUUAUGGAUUUACCAAAGUCUCACUUUAUCUCUGCACUGACAGUUGUGUUUGUAAACUCCAAAUCCUUAUCCUCGCUUAAGAUAGAUGAUACCCCAGUAGAUGAUCCAUCCCUCAAAGUACUGGUGGCCAACAACAGUGAUACGCUCAAGCUGCUAAAAAUGAGCAGCUGUCCUCACGUGUCCCCAGCAGGUAUCCUUUGUGUGGCUGAUCAAUGUCAUGGCUUACGUGAACUGGCCCUGAAUUACCAUUUGUUAAGUGAUGAAUUGCUGCUGGCUUUAUCUUCUGAAAAACACGUUCGAUUAGAACAUUUGCGCAUUGAUGUAGUCAGCGAGAAUCCUGGACAGACACACUUCCAUACAAUUCAGAAGAGCAGCUGGGAUGCUUUCAUCAGACAUUCACCCAAAGUGAACUUAGUGAUGUAUUUUUUUUUAUAUGAAGAGGAAUUUGAUCCAUUCUUUCGGUAUGAAAUACCUGCCACCCAUCUUUAUUUUGGGAGGUCAGUAAGCAAAGAUGUGCUUGGCCGUGUGGGAAUGACAUGCCCUAGACUGGUUGAACUAGUAGUGUGUGCUAAUGGAUUACGACCUCUUGAUGAAGAGUUAAUUCGAAUUGCAGAACGAUGCAAAAAUUUGUCAGCUAUUGGACUAGGGGAAUGCGAAGUCUCAUGUAGUGCCUUUGUUGAGUUUGUGAAGAUGUGUGGCGGUCGCCUGUCUCAAUUAUCCAUUAUGGAAGAAGUAUUAAUUCCUGACCAAACGUAUAGCUUGGAGCAGAUUCAUUGGGAAGUGUCCAAGCACCUUGGUAGGGUGUGGUUUCCAGACAUGAUGCCCACGUGGUAAAGACUAAGUGAUGUAGGGAAUGAUGAAUAGCACCUUAACUUUAAGCAUAUUGUAUUAUAACAAAAGUUUAUUUCCUGUA